GUGCUGCGAGCCCAUCUCAUUGCAAAGGGUGGCUAGCAGUCUGCUGGUUACUGGACGUGAUUUUAUGUGAUUUACAAUUUUGAUUGCACUUUUGAGAAUACUGUUAAACUCACUGUCAAGUGCUUUGCUAGCAAGAGACUCACGGUGAAUGAUGCAGUGCGUAAACUUAACACGAGGAGCCACUUCUAAAACCUUUGCCUUGAGUCCCUUGUUUUACCUACCAUUGCACCUGCACCAUCAGUACAUACGCCAACACAGUUAUCCCAUGUAAGUCGCAUCUCUUUUAGUCUGGUGUCCAGCUUGUUGAAAAUGCCACUGCCGGUACAAGUCCCCUCCAGUACUGAGCAGAAGAGCAUUUCCUCGUGCAGUUUUCCAUCAAAUGUGUAUCUGAUGAAUGCCAGCAACUGAGCAGAAUUAGACACAUCUGUAGAUUCGUCGAGCUGUAACGCAUAUUUCUUUCCAUUUAACCUAUUAAUCAAUUGACUCUUAAUGUCUUUUGAAAUAUCAUGAAUACGGCGAGCUAUCGUGUCAUUUGACAAUGGGACAGUCAUAAGCUCACUUGCAAUUUUCUCGCCAUGCAUGGCCCGACACAUAGCCACAGCUGCGGGCUUUAUCAAGGUUUCCCCGAUCGAGUGUGGCUUUUUGGACUGUGCUAUCAGGAGGGUCUGCACAGUAAGAACUACAUCCAUGGAAAUGUCAGAGCUCGAAGCAUCCUGGUUGGUCAGAACCUGACGGUCAAGCUGUGGGGGCUGGGUCCAGCGCUUUACAGGAAAAUGGAUACAGGCUCCGCAGAAGAUGUGGAAGAUAUAGAAAUGAGAAGGUGGCAAGCUCCAGAGGUGUCGGCUCGGCAAACUCUACAGCAAAGCAGCGACAUGAGCAGCCCCCUUCAUCAACAUCAUGGCCAGUGAACUUAGCAGUAUUUACAGAGGGGGAAAUUCACUGUAGACCCCCACAAUAUUUAUACCAGGCUUGUAGGUCCAUAUAGUGCAAGUGAAUGUGAUCAUGCCUUUUAAAGCUCCAAAAAAAAUAAAAUAAAUAAAUAAAUCAGCAUAAAAGACAUCCAUACGACUCCAGUGGUUCAAUCAAUGUCUUCUGAAGCGACCCAGUUUGAUUUGGGUGAAAACAGACCAAAAUGUAACUCCUUUUUCACUUACAACUUUACAGCAGUUUCCUUGGCGAUCAUUAUUUCAUGCUCUAUUAUAAUUCCUUUGUGUCAUCUAGCAAUCUGCACAAGCAUCAAACAUUAGGAAGUGUAAUACAGCUUGAAAUCAUGACUGCAAUGGCAAGAAAGGGGCUCUUUUAAACAUCGUGCAAACCAGGCGAUUAUGUUUUUACGUUUUGAUGGAUCAAAAUAAGAAAAUAACCCAAAUAAAAUGUUAGCACAUUAAAUGCACAAAAUUAGAUUUACUUGGCUUGGUCUGCCUUAUGUAGCUACAUUUUCGAAUUUGUACAGUUAUACGUAGCUUUGCACAUUUUCUGAAUCCCCAUUUAAACCGAUAAAUGUGUCUUUGGUUAUAUUAUUAAUUUAACCCAGAGUAUUUAUUAUUGGUGUAAAUACAUUUUUCUCUGUUGUUUGACCAUCUGAUUUAAAUAAUGGUGACCUGACUAGAUUAAAAUUGUUGAAUGUUUGGUUUGCCACAUACAGGCACUUCUGUAACAUCUGUUGAGUGUUUCUAGUUUGUCACUGCUUGAAGUCAUGGUUAUCUUACAAUUUAGCUGUCUAAAGGAUUAAAUAUG